AUGAGUGCUAGGUACAGUCUCGCAGAACUGGCGCAGAGUCUCAUCGAACACGGUCCUAGCAAAGCUCUCCAAACAUCUCGCAGGAUCCGAGCCAUUCAUAAUCACAUCACUGUUGUUGAUACUACCAAGGCCGUAUAUGUCUGGGAACACGACAACUUUCCCACAAUUUACGUACCUUUGGUGGAUAUCAGAAACGGAAAACUAGCUGACAAGCAGAACAUCUCGGUUGAGCUCAAGGAGCGCGCAGCAAUCUCCCAGCUUAUAGUACCAGCUCAUGAUGUCCUUGAAGAGAAGAAAGUUGAUGGAGUCCUGAGAUUCUUUCCGGAUGUGACCCUUGGACCACUGUCCGAUCUAGUGCGAAUCGACUUUCGUAGCAUAGAUCAAUGGCUGGAGGAAGACGAACCCAUCUUUGUACACGCCAAAGACCCUUUCAAACGUGUCGAUAUCCUCCGCUCUGAGCGCCCUAUUGAGGUUCAGGUUGGUGGUAAAACCGUUGCCAAGACUGAAUCGUCGAUGCAUCUCCUAGAAACAGGUCUACCAACGCGUUACUACUUACCUCUUGCCUCCGUCGACCAGGCUGUUCUCAGAAAGAGCAACCUCAAGACCAAGUGUCCUUACAAAGGCGAGGCUGAAUACUAUCACGUCGUGGUGGAUGGAAAGACGCAUGAGAAUUUGGUCUGGUAUUACAAUCACCCAACGCAUGAGAGCGGUGCUAUUGCGAAACUCUUGUGCUUUUAUAAUGAAAAGGUCGAUAUAAUUUUGGAUGGGGAAUUGUUGGACCGUCCCAAGACAAAGUUUGCUUAA